AUGAGCGGAACACACUUUUACCUCACGCUUCCGAGCAAUGCGUCCCUGGACGUUUUCCCCGAUAACAAAACAACCGAAUAUCGUGUAAAAUUACCGCAACCCAUUGAUUUGGAUGGCAAUUGGGAAGUCGGACUGUACUCUAUUUCCUAUCCCCACACAUGGUAUACCCUGCGGGAUAUUAAUGCGGAUACUCACUUCUAUUAUUUGGGUCCUACCGAUAGAUGGAUAUCAUCUGCGACCAUAAAGUACGGACACUAUAGAACUAUGGAAGAGUUCACUAAAGGUAUAAAUGAUGCUCUGAAACAAGAGAUCGGUAAUAAUACUGACAUACAUCUAACGUACGGUGCCUUAACGGGAAAAGUGACCGUUCACUUGAAACCCAAAUGCAAACUCGGGUUACCAAACAAAUUGUCCCUUAUCCUGGGAUUCGGUGGAAAAGAGGUGAAAAUUGACAAAACGGGCGAAAGUCCUCACGUAGUAGAUUUAAAUAUCUUUUCGACGAUCUACACAUACUGCAAUAUCGUUCAACCGCAGAUCGUUGGAGAUACGAGUGCGCAAUUACUUCGAAGCAUUCCCGUCGAAGGAAAGUAUGGUGAUUUCGUUACGAACACGUUUACCAACAUACAAUACGUGCCUGUCCAAACGAAAUCCUUUGGAGACGUGAAAAUUCUUUUAAGGAACGACACGGGCGAUCCCGUGCCAUUCGAACGUGGGAAUGUCAUAGAGACACUACAUUUCAGACAGCAUACUUAUUUUACCUGA